AGUGUCCAUUUCUAUAACUUGUUACGUCAUGAAGUCCUGUCACCAUGUCCACUAUAAACAAAACAUAAAUCUAUAUAAAACGGACUUUCAUACCGGUUUCUAUACAAACACUGAUUUGGUAGCAGUAAGCAGAACUUUACUUCUGUACAAACUGAAUAUAACAAAAUGUCAGGAGGCGAAAUUGAUUUGAUUAACAGAGAUCCCAAUGGUCUUAACGCACAUUUAGGGACUCUUCAUUUCAACGAUGUAUUCGGAGAACCUGACGGUGUACACAGUAUAGACUGCGUCUGGAAGAUAUCAGCCAAGUGUUUCGACUGCUGGAAGCUGUUAUGUUACAACAUCCUGACCAUUGUCUACGGUAUCUUUAUUGCUGCUGAAUGGGGAUGUGAAUUCGCCAUCAUUGCUUUCUACCAUAUCUGGAUCAUUUCACCAUGCAUGAAGAUCUUUGAGAUCAACUGUGGACUCUGCCAGAGAAUCUAUGCAUCCUGUGUUAACUGUUGUCUCGUACCGUGUUGUGAAGCAAUGGGCUCACUAUUCGUUGCAUUCAAGAAAUGAUAAACUAUCUACAAACAAUGUAGCUUGUAAGAAGAUUGGACUUUCGGCAGUAGAACUACGAGCUCAACAAAUUCUUUUCGAACAGUCUUCGAUUUCGUGUUUGUGAUAAAUUUUAUUUUGUAUAGUUAUCAACUUGAUAUUCGAAAAAAGUCUGAAUGUGAUAAUUUAUUAUUUAUUAUGUAGUAUAAAGUACAAUUGUUAACAUUUAUACAAUCUUUAUUUUGAAUAAAAUGACAUUGUUAUACAG